AUGGUUUGCGCCAAGUGCCAGAAAAAGCUAAAGGCCACCGAACUUGCCACGCCAGGCGUCAAGCGCAAGAAUGACAUGUACUACGGCUCGCCGUCUACCACGCUAGGCGGGUCGUCAGCGGACCAAGCAAAGAGCAAGCCGACGUUGGGCGCGACGGGUGUGGGCAAGAGCAAACUUCUCAGCGCAAAGGCAAAGAAUCCGUACGCGGCGUAUGCCUCGUCUUGCGAGUUGUGCAAGACCAAGACGGAGCAGGGGAAGAAGUACUGCCAGCGCUGCGCGUAUCGGAAAAAUGCUUGCCCCAUGUGCGGCAAGAAUCUGGCCGGUAAAUCGGCCAAGGACCAGCCCAUUGUGCAAGGUCAAAAGUUCAACUUGAAGUGA